CGUUCUUUUUAACGAAUGUGUGAUAUUUGGUACAAUACAGACUAUGUAUUUAAAAACAAUCGGAUUAUAAUCAGUGUCGAAUGUAGCAGGUUAAGUAACCAUGGCGGAAGAAAACAGUACAACCAAAGACCCGAGCGGAAAAUCUAAACUUAGUAAAAGCCGCGAAGCAAACUGGCCGGCUGUUUUAUUAUUAAUUCAUAUACAUUUACUAUCACUCUAUGGUCUGUGGCUGCUAUUCUUCGAAGUAAAAUGGAAAACUGUAUUUUUUUUGUUAUUUCUUACAUCAAUUGCUAUUCUGGGAAUGACAAGUGGAGCCCAUCGUUUAUGGGCACAUCAAACGUAUAAGGCAACCAAAUCGCUGCGCCUGGUUCUAAUGCUGUGUCAGACUAUGGCUGGAAUUGGUUCAAUAUACGACUGGGUUCAAUACCACAAACUACAUCAUCAAGUUUUCGCUACCGAGGACGAUCCUUACGAUCAUAACAAAGGUUUUCUUUAUGGACAUAUAAUCACACGUACGAGGAAAUUGAGCCCCUACCAGGAAAAACUAAAGGAAUCUAUAGAUAUGUCUGACGUUGAGACGGAUUCAAUUGUUAUGUUCCAGAAAACGUUUUACUGGGUUUUAUAUGGCGUACUGUUUAUUUUACUGCCACUAAAUGCCCCUCUAGAGUAUUGGGAUGAUACCGUGUUGAGCGCUACGUUUGUCAUCGGAUUCUUACGUUAUGGCAUAAUACUUCAUGCUUCGUGGCUUAUAGAGAGUAGCAUAUCGGUAUGGGGUCUCAAGUCUGGUGAAAAAUCACCUCCAGAUUCAAACUCUGUAUUUGUAUUGAAUAAAUCAUUCUGGCCGCACUACCACUAUCUUGUACCGUAUGACUACAAAUCAGGGGAAUAUGGUACUUAUGAUUCGGGAUGUUCGACCGCUUUCAUCCGGGUUUGGGCUGCAUUGGGACUGGCCACGGAUCUAAAGACUGUAGAAACUCUGUCUAUUCAGAAAGCAUUGGCAAAAGUUGUGAAAACCAAACAACCGAUUGAGACUUGUUUGGAACAAGCCGUCGAAGAACAAGAUCUAUCAGAAGACCACUACCUCCAAAGAGGAUUACGUUUAACGUAAUAUUAGUAAAAUUAUAUACUACCUUUUAUUGCUCAGUAGUUUAUUUGCAAGUGUACAAUGUAAUAUGUGUAGUUGAAGUGCGAAAUAAUAAAAUAAAAAAUUAUUAAAUACUCA